AUGUCCGAGGGGGCGAUCCAGUCGAGACUGGAGGCCGAGUUGGCACAUUUCGGUUCGAUACCAUGGUGCUCCGAGAUAUUACGAUCCACGCCAAAUAUAGUGGUUGGCCUCGGGCAUGGGAUCCGGGCAGCAAACGACGGCAAGUCCUCGCCCUUCUUCUCGGAAACCGUCAACACCCCAUCAACAAUUCCGGCGUUCAUCCACUUCUACUCGUGGCCCCCACCGCCCGGCCCCUCCUCCCCGGCGGGCCAGCAGCAGCAGCAACAGCAGCAACUCGCGGGCGGCGGCCCCCUCCCGAUCCGCGAGGUCAGGGCGCUACUAAGCCUCGCGGGCGGCGUGGACGGGCACGAGGGCGUGUGCCACGGCGGGGUGGUCUGCUCGAUCCUAGACGAGGCCAUCGGGCUACUCGCGCUCGUCAACAAGAAGGUCGGUGGCCUCCCGGAGCUGCCGCUCGUCACGGGCCACCUCAACGUGCGCUUCAGGCGGCCGGUGCGCACCGGCCGCGCCGUGCUGGCCACGUCGCGCGUCAAGGCCGACGGCGGCGGCGGCGGCGCGGGCAGGUACGCAUGCGAGGGCAUCCUGCAGGACGAGCAGGGGACCGUGCUGGCCGUCGGCGAGGCGCUGUUUGUGCAGCUGCAGCAGAUCAAGCUGUGA